AGAAGCUUGAAYCACGAUGGCCCAAAAUCAAAGCCACAUACAAAACAUAGUAUCUUUGACGGAAGGUUUAAGACUUAGCUUGCGCAGCAAUGACAACGAAAUCAAAAGCAAUAAGGAAAAGAUAUUUUCUUUGGAAGAAGAGAUAAGAGAAAGUCGCAGCAAGGAAAACAGCCUUAAAGAAAAGAUCAGAUCUUUAGAAAGUAAAAUACAAGACCUGAAGGAUGAGAAUGAAAGGUUGGUUAAACAACUGCGAGAAAUGCAAGUGAAAAUUCAGGAGCUAAAAGAGACCAAAAAUCAAGAAGAAAGUGUGUUAAUUAUUGGUCAAAUUGGCACAUCCACACAGAGAAACUUGUGCAAGUACGUCCUGCGAGAACACUUCAAUGAAAACUCUUACUACAAGUUUAAAGAUAUCGACAAAUACAUCRAAAAUCUGRRACGUCAAACCGACCAAGAGUCAGCAAGAGAGCGGCUGGACGAAUUGAAKGRAAARAUUUCUUGGGAUCAAAGUUUGGUGGAUAGCCUUAAAAACCUUAAUCAARCGAGARUCGGCAUCGCUCAUCCUGACCUUACCAGUGAAAAGAUUCAAGAAGCUACAAAUUAUUUGAAAGAGGAGAAAAWGCUGAACGAGGGAAUGGUCGAUAUUAUAAACAAGCUAAAAGAACUAUGGGAAACUUCCAAAGUUUUGUUGCAGACAAGCUCCGCAGAUGGUCAAGAUCAAAGUGGUUCAAGGGUUGUGCCUGCCGCAGGACAAAAGGACCAAAAGCACGGCCUGAAACUAAGAGGCAAGGUCCACAUUAACGGACUUGCACACUCUACUCUUCCUCCUAAAAAGGCUAGGGGUUUACGUUGCAGGUGAAUUUAUUUUUAAUAGAGAGUUUUAGAUUGACCUUUUUUUCUCCCCGCAA